AUGGAACACGAGAACCUCUCCCCGCUGCAAUGGGGCUCUAUGAUAGACGGCGUCAGGCGCUUUCUAGCGUCUAUCAACGACCUCGUACCAGCCGGCCAGCUCUCCACACAACAAGUGACCCAGCUCAUCGACGCCCUGCCCAAUCUCACCGAACCCCGUCUGGUCGAGCUCGGGGAGAAAGGUAAACGUCCCCUUACGAACCCCAAGUCUUUACAUGAUGCCAACUUGACCUCUUUUUACCCUUACACGGCGCCGCACCUGCACUGCACCCCCGCAACAGACUCCUCGUGCCCGAUAUGCAUGACGCCGUACCUCGCCAUCCUAGCCGAGGAGGAGACAGCGCACGCAAUGGACUCGCCUGCGCACCCCGUCGAAGAGCUCGGUGUGACGAAGCUCGAUAGGCCGUGGCAGUGUGGCCAUAUUUUCUGUCGGCGCGACAUAUCAAAGUGGAUAAUCGAAGGCCACGAUUCCUGUCCAAUGUGCCGCAAGCGCCUCGUCGAACCCGAACCCGAACCCGAACCCGAACCCGAACCCGAACCAGCACCCACUGGCGCUAGCACCCAGUCAAAUACAGAUACACAGUCUCCUCCACCUCCACCUCCACAUCAGCCCUCGACCUCGACCUCCAGUUCCACCUCGACCUCCACCACAAACCCCACCAACACCAACACCAUCAACAUCGACGACCGCACCAACAUCGACCUCAACUCCUACAUCCAAUCCCUCAACCUCAACCUCACCCAAAUCCCCAUCCCCAUCCCCAUCCCCAUCCCCAUCCCCACCAACGACGACGACAACGACAACCCAGCUCUCGCAGCAUGGAUCACACACAUGCAGCGCGAGAUGCAGGCGCAGCUCCGGCGCAGCGCACACAAUAGGGACGAGGAGGAGGAAAGGGAGGAGGAGGAUAGAAGUCAAUUCGCUGGGAUGUAUUCGUAG